UGAAAGAUACUACUGUACCAAGGACGCUGGCGGGGUUGCUUACUAACUCUUUUAUAUUUUCCUUUUCCCAUGUAUUCUCUUUCUCAGUCUUUCUCGGGGGAGUUGUGAGGAGGGAGUUGUGUGUGCUGAGAGGUUAUUUGUAAGAUAAGAUGGCAACUGGUAUCCAGAUGACGCGCGAGGCCCUGUGCGAUGGGCUGGACCACAUGGCUCUGCAGCAUCUGACGCUUAUGGACCAGCUGAUUAGAACGAAGAUGAUCUUAGAAGAGCAUAUGCGAAGUGGCUUCUUCUUGCUGGGCAAAACUCGCUACGUCCUGGGUUGCAAUGCCAUCAGUACCUUGCAGUUGCCAUCAGAGGAGAGAGAAGUAGAUCCCCUCGUGUCAGUCGUCUCGACACCGGUCAGGAUUGAAAGAUACGACGGGGAAGUCAUCUACCAGGAGAUGAACACGGAAUUUGCAGAUCCUGUUGUGUCUCUCCCCGUUGAGGUGGAAGAAGACAACUUGUCCGACAUGUACACUCAGGAAGAUGAUCCCGUAGAAGGGUUGCGGCAGAGGAUCUCCAAUUUACAAGGAGAACCGCCCGAAGACAGAGAAGAGGACAGAGAACAAUACAGUACAGAUCAAAUGAAAAAGAAAGUCAUUAAUAGAGAUCCUAUCAGAUGGUUUUCAGUUUUGCCACCACAGACUCUCAAACAAGCGCAGACGGAUUUCAAGACUGCAAUUCAAAUAAGUGCAAAGUGUGCCACUUUAUUAGGACAGUUAAAAGCAGUGUGUAACGAGUACAAGCGCCUGGCUAAAAUCAAGUCAAAAAUUGAUAACAUCGAGAAGGAAUCUUGAUCGCUGUGGCUUGACUAUGAGGGGUUGCUCAAGGAGAGGGAAAAAGCGUGCUUGAGACAUUUACAUUCCUAAUGGUAAAGGUUAUUUGCAAAGAUUUUUAUGGUUUUUAACCCCUCUGGGAAGGUUUUGAGUUUGCUUUUAGCUUCAGGAUAGUUAUUGAAGCAUUUCUUUUUCAGUUCUGAUAUGCAUUCCAUAGUACACAAUAUAGCUACAAACAUCUGCAGAUUAUAAAUAGCUAUGAAUAUACUAUAGAUAUAGAAAAAAAAGGAGAAAGCAGAUGAGAAUAACAGUUAUAAUCCUCUUUUACUCUUCAGAAGAUAGCCAUGCACUCUCAGAAUAUGUACUUGGUAUGUGAUAUUAAAGUAAAUUGACUGAUACAGGUAUUCUAAGAAAAAGUAAAGAACAAAUCACAUACAGAUAUGUUUAAGGGAGACGAUAGAUCUUUAUUUUGUACUGUCACCAUUACAAUGCCUUAAUGAUACUAAUGAUAAGAGGAUAAGAAGUCAGGGUAUAGCAUGGACACUUGUAUAACUUGCACAUUAAAUGGUAAAUGCAAAAGGGUUUGAAUAUCCUUGCUCAUCUGAAAAAGUUUUUCCGGUGACAAAAUGUUGAUUAAAUUUUUUUCAAAAUAUAUCUUAUAUUUUCAUUCUAAAUGUAAGGCCUACAGUGUACAAUGUAGAUAUAUAUUUAUGUGUGGUAAUACCAUAUACAGAAUGUAAUGAGAAAAGUGAAAUAUUCAUAAAUUAUUCAUAAGCACACAUCAGAUUUUUUAAAAAAGAUAUUCAAUCAUAUAGUAACUGCUGUCAGAUGAUUAGUGUUGAAAAGUGGUAAUAGAUAGCAAAUUGACAAAUAAUACAAGUGGAAGGGUGAGAAGGUACUUUACUUUAAUAAAAGAUAAAAUUUGAAAUGUAAUAGUUUAUAAAAUUACACAUACAAAAAAAAUGAUGAUAUGCUUGUUUAUAAAGCCCUGUUCAUAAGAUUGAGCACUGUAAGAUGGACACUCACUUAAUGCCUAUUUGUUGGGAAAAAUUUGAUAAUAGUAUAAUAUUAAUAAAGUAGAGCGAAAUCACCAGAUACUGCCGUCUGUCUGGUAGUUUGCUGCUGGCUGUGGAUGGACAAAUGCCAACACCCCCUUGUGUUCGUCAACGCUCAGUUAGCUGGGCACGGUUUGAUUGUGUGGAAGAGACCUAAAAGAGGAUAAUGGAAAAGGAAAAAUGAGAAAAAAGAGAAAGGAAUAUGGAAAUUCCUGAGUACAUAAAGGUAAGAUGUUAAGGUGGUAAUAUUUAUAUUGUAAGUUACAGGGGUAGUCUAGUAAGUAAAAGCAUUAUAAUUGUAUAAUUGUAAAGAUAAAAACAUUUGAAUUGCAUGGAGUUCAAUAGCAGGGAAAAAAAGUGUUUUGUAUGCCAUAAUGUGUUACACAUGUCUUGUAGUUCUGUAGAAUUACUUUAUGACAAGCAAGGAUGAGAAAGUAAGAAAGAAAAUUAUGUUUAUUGUGUCAUAUGAGGAAAAGAAAAGCAUCAUAAUUAGUAUGUCCAUUGAAGAGCAAAUAACAAAAUUUAAAUUUAUGGAAAUUACUACAAAAUUAUUGUUACUGAAUGGUUUUAACAAAUGGCUUUUGAAUUAACUUAUCAUAUCAAUGACAUAUUAUGGUGGAAUAUGGUGCUGUGGCUAAAUGUCUUAAAAUUAAUAAGUAAAUAAAAGGUUAGUUUUCAGUUGUAAUAAUACCUGGAGAUUAUAGAUUAUUUUCAUUAAUUUUAUGAAAUAUAGGGUCACUACAUGGAUCAAUUUCAUUAGUAUUUUGUAGUGCAGUAGUAUACACUUAUUUCAGAUAAAAUUGAUAUGCUUGGUCAAAAUAUACUCCCCUAAUCCCUUGCUCGUUGUCAUCUUGAGGGGGGGGGGGAGCGCUUUGGAGACGGAGACUGGGGCACAAUGUAAGAGAUCACUCAGCCCUUGCCUCGACUGGUCUUUUCUCCCUGCCCUCCCCCCUUUCCUCUCUUUCUCUUCAUCAUCAUCCCCUUCUUCUGCCCCCUUCCUAAGCUGUAAGAGCCGUGCUGAAAGGAUGCUGAAAGGUUGGCUUUGUGUCAGUCGCGAACGGCCUCCGGGAGACAUGGUCUCGGUAUUCCCUCGGUUGAUUGUCUAGCCCUAACCCCUCCUGGGGACCCUGAGGGUUAGACUGUUUCCUCUUCCUAUUUAUUUCAGGCUCACCAUGGCCAGUAAUGAAGAUUUUUUACACUAAUUAGAGGCAUUAAGGCUUGCUUGAUUGUAUGGAAUAAUCUUCCAUCUCAUGUACAAGAUGCCUUGUAUCUUCCAUCUUUCAGGAGGCAUCUGAUAUCGCAUCUAUUAUCACAGUAUUAAAUGUCCACUCUGUGAACAAGUCAAUGAACCACAGUGUUUAUUCAAUAUCUUUUCUUUGCCAUUAACUGUUAACUUAUUAAAUGCCAUGAAACCGUGUACAUGACCUUGUUUGUGUAACUGCCAGUGAGCUGCCCUAAGAGGGUAUCCACACUUGGGAGGCUCAGCUGCUACUUUCUUGUAAACUGUAAUUUGUAUUUCAUUUCUUUGAGACUUAAUAAAUAUUUUUGAAUUUG